UAAACUGCUGUGCAAACAGGAAGCAGUGAAAUGAAAAUUUUAAAUGUAUGACCAAGGGAACAAAUCAGCGGAGAAUAUUUACUGUUAGAGUCAGUCCGUAGAUAUUUAGUUUGUAAUCUUGCCCCAUGAUACGCCAGUUUUUUUUUUAAGAUAUUUUUUACCAAUUUUUUACAAAAACCGUUUAGCCGGCCUACGUGAUUGCAUUCUUUUCUGAUCUCAGCGGAGCUGUGGUAGUUUAUAACAGCUAAACAGCUGUCAUUAACCAGCUUGGACAGCGAUUUUCUGUGCGAUGGUGAUGCUUUUUGAGGAUUCGCUUUGUGGCACAUCAAGAUCACAGAUGAUUCUAACUACAGUCCAUGGCAAUUCAGCUAGCUAAAUUUUAUCUUCCCGUUCAGCAUGCGUCGACUCCCCCCUGCUGCCUUGGAGGUACCUGCGGAUGAUGAAGUGCAGCUGAUGUAGCGAGUCACUUCUGCUGAGAUCCGGCACGGCGAUUCCCUUGCCCGCUGCGAGUCAGCAGAUGAUGCUGGAAAGUGCUCCUGGAGUGGAUGACGGGGACUGCGGCUGGGACUCCCUGUGGACCGCAGCUCGCCUCGCCCGCUAAUGCCUGUGAUCCCCAUCCCGCGGCGGGUGCGUUCCUUCCAUGGCCCCCACACCACCUGCAUGCACUCCGCCUGCGGGCCUGUGCGUACGGCGCAGCUCGUGCGCACCAAGUACAAUAACUUCGACCUGUACCUGAAGUCGCGUUGGAUAUAUGGAUUCAUCCGCUUCCUCCUGUACUUCGGCUGCAGUCUUUUCACUUCGCUGCUCUGGGUGGCCCUGUCCGCCCUCUUCUGCCUGCAGUACUUCAGUGUGAGGGUAUUUCUGCGGUUCCAGUACAAACUGUCCGUAAUUCUGCUGCUGCUGGGACGCCGUCGGCUGGACUUCAGUCUCCUGAAUGAGUUCUUCAUCUACAGCAUCCACGUCACCAUGUUCCUCGUCGGUGGCCUGGGCUGGUGUUUCAUGGUCUUCGUUGAUAUGUAGGACCUGGGAUAGUCUCAGAACCUCAUAUCACUUUGUUUCAUCGUCACUCUAAAUGUUUCUUCUCAUGUCUGGCUUAACAUUAUUCAUAGACUGACCGCUUUUGAUGUGGGUGCGUGUGGAUGGCAACAGGAGGGGGAAAGAAAUUCUCUCCAUUAGUCUUCAGGAUAACUUUUCAACAAAGUGUAAAGACAAAGAGUAAUGUCAGUAUGUAAAACGGUGGACUGGGAUAAAUGUAGUUUGAUGUGAUUCACAUUUGAGUCAUGAAAUAAUCAACACUAACCAUCAUACGAUCCCUCUCUCAGCUGGAGUUGUGUGCCUUUUAAAGGAAGGCGGACUAUAUUUCCGAUACUUUAAACCAAAAUUGAGGAAUAUGACCUUUGCAUUGGUAUCAUGGGAGUAUGUUUUCCCUUGGAUUUGUCAUCCAGCCAGAGUGAAACAGUGCCUCCAUUGUUCCACCAUGCGCAUCUCUUAAGCCUGUUGGUUGACUGGUCAUGCCUAAUAGGUUGUUGUUUUGCUCUGAAAAUGCGCCAGUGUGUAGCUGCGCUUCGGGAGGAGGCAGUGCCAGUGUGUAGCUGCGCUUUGGGAGGAGGCAAUGCCAGUGUGCUCAGCACAUAUCAUGUGUCACUGCCAGUACAUAUCCUUAUACAAUAUGUAUCUACAGUGUUCUCAUCCUGUUUGAAAUGUAUAAAAAUAUGUGAUGCCAACAUGACCAGUGAUUAAAUUUGUGUCUUUUGUGUAA